AUGGAUGAAAUGGAAGCCGGUAAGGAGGUCAAAGAGUUUUUGCCCGCCCAGCCGAGGCCAAUGGAAGAAAUUUCCAGCCAGGAGCUCACCCAUACCUCCAAAAGCAAAAAGGAAAAACGUAAAAUCGUGAAAGAAGAAUUGAAACGGCCAACAGACUUUGAUCUAUCCAUUUUCUGGAUGCUGGAACACUUUGCCAUCUUAGAUGAUUGUGAUGCAGUGGAGCCAGACGACACUCUCAGCUCCUUUGGCGACAAAAUCACCCGUCAAGACGAUGGGCGAUGCACUGCACCCCAAUCCCGAAGACUGGAGAGUCUUUUAAAAAGACUUAAAAGAACACCAGAGCUUCUAUCGGCCUAUCAUAAGGAAAUCGACCAGCUACGAGUCCAAAACUUCGUGGAGGAGGCAGACUUAAACUACGAAGGACUCCCAACCAAUCUGCUACACCAUCCUGUUAUUCGACGGGACAAAACAACUAAAAAAAUUCGACCGGUAGUCGAUGGGGCGGCAAAAUCGAAGUAUGGCCCAAGCCUAAACGAUGUCUUGGAAACCGGCCCGAAUCUUAAUCCCGAUCUGCUAGCCGUUUUAAUGCGUUUCCGUUUAAAUAGAAUCGCAUGGAUAGCAGAUAUUGAAAAAGCCAUUCUAAACAUCGCCCUGUAUCCUGAAGACGGCGAAGCUGUCAGAUUUCUGUGGGUCAUGACUCCAGAAAAGCCAAGCUCGCUUCUAGUGGCAUACAAGUGGAAAUGGGUCCCAUUUGGGCUCAGCUCCAGCCCAUUUUUGCUGCGAGUUACCCUAAACAAGCACCUAGACGGUAUGGACCCAAUCUACUCCACCACAGUAAGACGGCUCAAGGAGCAAAUUUAUGUUGACGACUACCUUGGAGGCGCCGGCAACAUCUCUCCAGCUAAAACCAGGAUACAGGAGACAAAAUCCAUCUUCCAGGAGGCAAAACUCAACAUGCGGAAUUGGGUUACCAAUGACCAAACAAAACUGGAAGAAGGUCAGCCUAAGGUCCUAGGGAUUCAAUGGGAUACCGAAUCCACCACCUUCCAAUUCGAUCCUGCAUCUAUCAUCGAAGCUGCGACAGAAUUGGGACACCUAGUGACCAAAAGAAAUAUUUUAAGAAUAUCAGCAAAAGUAUUCAAUCCCAUCGGGUUUCUAGUACCCACAACGCUCCUGCUGAAAAUAAUCUACCAUAAACUUUGGGAAGCCGAAAUGGACUGGGAUGUGAAAGCGCCUCCUGAAAUACGGAAAACAUGGAUAGCAGCCAUGACUGGGUUGAACGAGUUCGCCAACUUAAAAAUCCCACGUUGGAUAGGCUACUCGAAUAGAGUCAUGCAAACUGCAGAAAUUCAUGUGUUCGGCGACGCAUCCGAGGCCGCUAACGGAGCCGUUGCCUACGCAAGACUCCAAACCAAAAACGGCGAUGCAGUCAUCCAUUUUCUUGCUAGCAAGACCAAAGUGGCGUGUCUCCCAAAGAAAAAGUGGCACUUGGCUGGAUCCGAGGAGAAACCAACAGGUGGAAACCAUUCGUCAGGAACCAAUUCGAAGCAAUUAAGAAACUACCUGGUUCAAAUUGGUGGCGGGACUGUCCAGGCGUCCAAAAUACUGCGUAUCUCGUCCCGCGGGGAGUGCCAGCACUAA